CUCGGCAGCAUAAUAAUAAUAAUAAUAAUAAUAUUAUUAUGACCCGUAGGUGGUUAUACUUUCUCGUCGCACGUACAUAAUAUUAUUAUACGCGGUAUCGCCGCAGUGGUUGUUAUGGCGGUCGCCGUUAUCAUCGACUUUUAGAACAAACAAACACAUAACAGCAGACAGCAGUACAGCACACGUAAUAGAAUUCGAUCGUCAAUAUUAGCACAGCUUGCGCUAAACGCCGUGACAUCGAAAAACCGUAAUAAUUAUUGUCGGAAUUCGCGUCGUGUGCCAUAUAUUUUACUGCCUCCGGCAACUGGUUUCGAUGCGAGACGCACGCGCCGUACGAUCCGCGUUGUAAGCUGCUUCGUCGUACGCCGUAAUGACGUGGUGCUGUCUGUAUCGUUGCCGUUGCAAUAACUCUGUUGGUCGCCGUCGCACGUCGCGUUCACCGCUUUCGAAAAUCCGGCGGCAAAGUCCGACGUCGUCGAUCUGUUCUACGCCUACACCGCAGUCGGUAUCGCCGCCGAACCGCAAACUAGUCCACUGGCACGCGAGACCCUAAGUCGUCCCGAAUCCCGUCGGUGUAUCGACCGUUUCGUCCACGAUGUACGGAUAUGACUAUGAGUAUGUGCUGCGUGUCUCCGCUUCGGCGUGCACAUGUGUCCAGUUCUUGUCCGGGCUUUUGAUAUGUGCCAGUUUCGUGAAGAAGGGCAAAGUAUCGAACGAGUCUGUUGUACCAUUUGUCACUGGAUUUUUGUCGUGUUCAUUGUGGCUCUAUUAUGGUAUGAUAUUGGCCAACAGCACAUUAGUGUCUGUUAAUGCUUUUGGCUGUUUGCUAUUUGCAAUAUACACAUGGAUAUACUAUAGAUACACGUCAAAAAAGAAACGAGUGAUGCACUAUGUUAUAUCAGCUAUUGCUGUUAUUGCGUGGAUCGUGUAUAUUACUUACUCAAAUGUAAAUCAAAAACAGUCAAAAACGAUGUCAUCUGUAGAAUUACAUCAGCAUCAAUCAGUGGAGGUGGCAGUAGUAACGCCUUUAGAUAUAUCAGAUACAUCAAUCAUCUCCUUGACCACUAAUGAUGCCAUAGAUCGAGUUGGACUUUUAUGUUCUCUCACUACUAUGUUAUUUUUUGCAGCACCAUUUUCCAAUUUAAUUCAUGUGAUAAGAACUAAAAAUACAGAGUCAAUGCCGCUGCCAUUGAUUGUAAUGACAUUCCUUGUUUCUGCUCAGUGGUUGGUUUAUGGCCGAAUGUUACGUGACAAGUUUAUUAUGUAUCCAAAUGCAGUUGGAUGUAUGCUUUCUAUCAUACAACUAGCUCUAUUUGUUAUCUAUCCUAGAAGGUCUACCGUACCAUUGACCACCGAACUCCAUAACCAUCACCAUCCAUAUCCAUAUAUUAAAUUAAUGGAUGCAUGAAUGUAAAUUUUAUUAUUAAUUUACCAAAAUCUAUAAGUCUUUUGGGUAGCUAAUGUUGUUGCAGUCUUCACGGUGGCAUCAUUUUAUCAGAGAAGUACAAAACACUAAAAUUUAAAACUAUAAGAAAAAAUUCUAAGUAUUGUUAUAAUGUUAUUAUUAUUAAACAUAUAUUCUAAGUGUUACACUUGUGAUAUUUAUAUUAUAAUUUAACUUUAAUUAUAUUUAGUUUUUGUGUAGUUCUACACCAUUAGUAGUAGCAUAAUUGAUAAAUUGUGUUGUUGUUACUAAAUUUAUGUGGUUUAUUGAUGACUGUUGAUUAUGUUUUUGUCAGUAUUGUAUUUUAUAAAUUAUUUCCUACAAAAAUGUAUAACAGUAGUUAACAUUUUCCUCAAUAAUUGUGUAUUAUUAAUUAUUAAAUACUACUAAUGUUCCUUCUAGUUUUUAAUUAGGACAAAAUAAGAAACCAUACCAUUGUAAUCACUGAUAUCCUAUUUGACGGGAAAGCAAUUUAUAAAAUACAUAAAUAUACAAUGUAUUUAAUUUAAGACAAUAAGUAUUAAAAACUAAAUUAUUAAUAGUGUAAUAGUAUAGUUAUUUAUAAUGUACAAUUUUUAUUUUCUAUUUUAAAUAUGUUAUCACAUAUUUUUAUGUACCUUGUACUUUAAAAUUAAUAUAAAACCAUGUAUGUUAACAACCAACAAAAGAUAAUAUUUUGUAAUAUCAUCAUUAUUAUUGAAU